AUGACCACCCAGCCCUCAGAAGAGGCUGGAGCCACCACUCCCCAACAUGGCACUCCUGGGAUCACCGUGGGCAGUGAGGGAGACAGCCGGUCUACAGACAGCCCAGCAGGAAGGUCCCAAGGCCAGAUAGGUGGCACAGAGAAGCCAGCAGCCCAGCAGCCUGUGAGCCAGCCAGCCAGUGAGGAGGCUAUGAAGUUGUCAGAGGGCGUCCCAGAGGACAGCAAGAAGCCCACAGAGGCCACAACUCUGCUCUCGCAAAGCCCAGACUCCCUGCAGGCUUCCAGAAGCCUCCCCAACCCCCCACUGGUCAAGCUGGUUGAAGAUAAGAUGACAAGCCACAGUCAGCUGAUUUUACCACAGCACCUCCUGAAUACAGAAGAGACCCCACCAGGUCAGGGGGACUCCAGUGAGGGGUGUCCCCUGAAUAAAGAAGAGAUGCCAUCAAGUUCAGAGGACCCCAGUGAGGGACCUCCCCUGGGUAAGGAAAAGACUCCAUCAAGUCCGGGGGACCCCAGUGAGAGGCCUCCCCCAACUGUUGAGGCACAGCUCCCAGGAGAAGACACUCAAGCUUCCAGCAACACAGAGGACACUCAGGCGUCACUGGGGGCUCUGGAGGACAAGCUGGUGGACAUCUCAGAUCAGCCGUCCUCUUUGUCCCUCCCAUCGUCACCCUCACCCACUACACACCCGGAGUGGAGGCCCCUGGACAGCAGCCUGUACAUGGCCAACCAGGACGCCAGCUACAUGCACUCCAUGACCAGCCUUCUGGGCGGGGGCGAGGGCUCCAUCGGCUCCCUGGGCGACAUCCUAGUCUGGUCUGAUGCCACUGUGGACAUGGCCACAGACAUCCUGGCCACCGGCCACGGCUGCGUGACGGACCUGCUUCAGGGCACCGGACCCAGCCUCUGCCCGGCCUCCAGCCUCCUGGACAGUGCCACCUUGGUGCUCUCGUCGGGGCUGUCGGCCGGCACAGGCUUGGCCCUGCGCUCUGUCACCAGCAUGCUGGAGGCCUUUGAGAGGCGGACCAUCGAGGGCAUCCGCUCAGCUGUGCGUUUCCUGACCCGUCACCUCACCCCGCCCCAGGCCCCGGCUGCUCCCAGCUGUGACUAG